AUGCACAUAUCACCACCCCCACCACCACCCCUCCUCCUCCCCUUGGAGGACACCACCCUCAUAAACCACCACCACCAAAACAACAGCACCCACAACCUCACCCACGAACUCCUCAUCGCCUCCCUCGCCAUCCAGCGCGCCUCCCUCCUAACCAAACGCGUCCUCCAAACUCUCACCUCCAACAACAACAACCCACCCUCACCAACAACCUUGCCCUCUACCCCCGUAACCGGCCACCCCUUCUUCCCCUCCACCUCCACCUGCCUCAACCCAUCCUACGACCCCUCCUCCCGCCGCCUCUCCAUCGCCAAACCCGACGCCUCCCCGGUAACGAUAGCCGACUUUGCCUCCCAAGCGCUCCUCAUCUCCACCAUCCACCACCAUUUUCCGUCCGACACCUUCAUCGGGGAAGAAGACUCCUCCUCCCUCCGCCACAACCCCGACCUCUGCUCCCAGGUCUUUGAUCUCGUCUCCACCACUUACCUCUCGGACCCUGCCGCGGAGGCGUUGCUGGGCCCGCGACCGGGGAGCAUACCCGAGAUGUUGGGGUUGAUUGAUCUGGGCUGUGGGAGGGGGACAAGGGGGAAGAGGUGCUGGAGUAUGGAUCCCAUUGACGGGACGAGCGCGUUUUUGAAAGGGGAGCAGUACGCUGUUAGCUUGGCGUUGUUGGAUGGGGAGGGGAGGGAACUGAUGGGGUUGCUGGGGUGUCCUAAUCUGGGGAUUGGGGUGGUGGUCGGUGGGGGGAGGAUUGAGGAGGGCGAGGUGGACAGGGAGGGGUGGGGGGUUAUGUUGAGUGCUGUGCGGGGGGAGGGGUGCGCACUUGUGAGAUCGAUGGGGCAGGCGGGGUUGAACAAGGUUGUCAAGAGGAUCAACAGGCGAAAGGGGAAACAGCGGGAGAUCAGGACGGAGGAGUUGCAUUUUGUGGAUUCGAGGGUGAGCUGUGCUACGGAUAGUGGGAUGGUGGAACAGCUUGCGAGGAGGGUCGGGGCGGGGAGGACGGGGGAGAGGACCGAGAUUUACUCUUCGCACAUGAGGUAUGCGGCUAUGGUUUUGGGAGGGCGGGAGUUUGUCCAGGUGAGGUUUCCGAAACGACCGAAAGGGGAGGCGGCGCCGUGGUGCGUCUGGGAUCAUGCGGGUUCGCAGCUUAUCUACACGGAGUCGGGGGCCGGGAAGGUGACAGACCUGGAAGGGAGACCGAUAGAUUUCGGGACGGGGAGGAAGUUGACGAAUAACUGGGGGCUGAUCACGGCCGAUGAGAGCGUGCAUGGCAAGAUGCUCGAGCUGGCGGGGGAGGUGCUGAAGGAGGCAGGGAGGUAG